AUGUCACUUAAAUUCGGAAGUAGAAGAACAAUAGUUGUAUCAUCACCAGAAAUUGCCAAGGAAAUGCUUCAAAAGCAUGAUCUAGAGUUCUCAGGCAGAGAAAUCCGCGAUGCAGCCAGAGCAUUGGACCACCAUAAGUUCUCAGUUUUCUGGUUACCAGCACAAAGCCAGUGGCGCAAUCUUCGCAAACUAUGCAAAGAGCGUAUCUUUUCAUCAGAAAGGCUCAAUGCCAGUCAAGGGCUCCGCCAAGAAAAGGUGCAGCAACUGUGCAAUUAUGUACGCCAACAUGGUCUCAAAGGACAGACCAUAAAUAUUGGUGAAGCUGCCUUCUCAACAUCUCUCGACUUGAUGCGGAACACUUUCUUCUCCGUUGAUUUUGCACAAUUUGAUUCUAUAUCUAACUCUAACACGUCUCGAGAGAUAAAAGAAAUGGUGUGGACUGCGCUCAAAACAGCUGCUAGUCCUAAUCUCGUGGACUACUUUCCCGUCCUCAGUGCAAUUGAUCCACAGGGCAUAAGGCGUACAGCCAAGUCAUCUUACGGAAAAUUGCUUGAUAUUAUUGAUGGUAUCAUUCGUCAGAGAUCACAAGAAAGAAACACAUCCAACACUUAUCUCAGGAAAAAUGACUUCUUGGAAACCCUCCUUGAUCUUAAUCAGCAAAAUGAAUCUGUAUUGAGCUACAUGGGCAUGAAGCAUUUGAUUCUGGAUUUAUUAGUUGGAGGGACAGAAACAAGUUCAGUCACCGUGGAAUGGGCAAUGGCAGAGUUAAUACGCAACCCUGAAAAAAAAUCAAAAGCUAGGGAUGAGAUCAUGGAAAUCAUUCCACAAAACGAGAUGGUUCAAGAAUCAGAUAUCUCAAAUCUUCCUUACUUGCGAUCGGUUAUUAAAGAAACCUUUCGUCUUCACCCUCCUGCCCCAUUCCUAGUUCACCAAGCUGAAAGUGACGCAGAAAUCAAUGGAUAUAUGGUGCCAAAAAGUGCUGAUUUACUGGUUAACGUGUGGGGUAUUGGCAGGGAUCCAAGCUUGUGGUCAGAUCCUACUUCAUUCGUGCCUGAACGUUUCAUGGAUACAGAAAUUGAUGUGAAAGGCCAGCAUUUUGAGCUCCUUCCUUUUGGCUCGGGAAGAAGAAUUUGUCCAGGACUACUGCUGGCUGAUCGAAUGGCGCACCUCAUGGUGGCUGCUUUGCUUCAUAAAUUUGAAUGGAAGCUUGAAGAAGGGAUCAAACCAGAAGAACUUGACAUGACCGAAAACUUUGAAGCUACAAUAAACAAGGCAGUGCCUCUUAAGGCCAUUGCCGUUUUGGAACCAUAG